CAAUACUUUGAAGUGUUGGGUCUCAGGAAUGACAGUGACCAAGCAGCUGUUCGCGAUGCCUUCCUGAAACUGGCAAAAAAAUAUCACCCUGAUGGUGGCUAUGCAACUGCAAAUGCUGUAAAAUUCCAGCAGAUUGAGAAGGCUUACAGGAAACUCAUGGAAAAAUUCAGCAGUGAUCGACAUAAUCAUAACAAGUGCGAGGGGGAGUUUGGACUGUAUUAUGAACCAAACAGCCCCUCAACACCGUCAGUACCUGAGUUACGAAGGCAUAGGCAUAGGCACCCCAGGCCAGCGCCAGAAGCAGUAUUCCAAAUUCCAGGUCCUCAGAGCAUCGGAGAAUGUGAUAGAUUACAAGGUCAAACAGAUAUCAUCACAGUACCCCGAGACUUCACUUGUUGAUAAGGACAGGGCAGCAGCAAAGAAGAUUCGUACGAGGUUUGGUAUUGAACGCAUUGUUGAUGACAUGAUCCAGGAAGCCAUGGCAAGGGGAGAUUUUGAUAAUUUGUCUAAUGCUGGAAAGCCCCUGGAGACUCGAAAUCACAAUCCUUAUGUGGAUACUGUCACUCAUAAACUCAAUGAGGUGCUGAUCAACAAUGGUUAUGCUCCAGAAUGGGUAAUGUUAGAGAAAGAGAUUCGGCAGGACAGGACCAGGAUCCGAGAAGCAUUGCUGAGAGAGAGAAGACGUAUAGGACAACUACCUCUUUCACCUGAAGAUGAAGAGAAGUGGAAAUCAGCUCUCAGUCGCCAAGCGGAAUCAAUAUCAGAGCUCAACAAAAAGAUUAACAAGUAUAACCUAUUGGUACCAAUCCUCAGCAAACAAACAGUCCAUUUCCCACUUGCAAGAGAAUCUGAAAAAGUCCUAAAGGAGGGUCUUUCCAAAGAUCAGAUCCCAGCACAAGAAGAAGCUACAGAAGGUGGUGGAAGCAUCAGUGGGAAACCUACAGGCAUUCGUAAAUUGUUUGACCUGUUAACAGUGCUUAGAAAUCCAUGAAAAUAUAUUUAUUUUGUUUAGUUUAUAGUGAUGCAAGUAUAGAUAUUUUAAUAUUUAAUAGAGUGUAUGUGAUAAAGAACAUUAUUUAACAUUGUAUAUACAUUGUAUUUUAUAGAUUUUUGUUGGUAUAGAUUAUCACAAGAUUUGUGAAGUGAUGUGUUGGUGAUGAAUGUAUAUAAAUGUAUUUAUUUGUAUGAUUUAAACUCAUACAGUUAUUGAUAUUUUAUGAUUGUAAUACAGGGCACUACAGGUUAAAGAUGCAUAAAAUUUUGGUUAUGUUGUAUCUUUUAAAUUUAUGCAAAUCUAAAAUUCAUCAAGUUGUAUUUAAUAUAUAAUAUGUACAUUUAUUAACAAAUGUUCUUACUGUUUUUAGUUCAGUGUACAUUAGUUUAUAUAAAUCAAUAUAUAAAUUUUACUGAUGUUAA